AUGAAGACCCUUGAGAACUGCACUGUGUUUACUGACUUUGUAUUCUUAGGACUUUCAGGUACACAGGAUGUGCAGCAGGGGCUCUUUAUGCUUUUCUUCCUGAUUUAUGGCAUAACUGUGAUUGCCAAUCUAGGGAUGAUCCUACUGAUCAAGAUGGAUCUCACACUUCACACACCCAUGUAUUAUUUCCUGAGCAACUUGUCUUUCUGUGAUGUCUGCUACUCUUCCACUGUCUCUCCCAAGAUGCUGGCUGAUUUCUUAACUGACCAAAAGCGGAUUCCGUAUAAUUUAUGUGUCGUUCAGAUGUAUUUAUUUGGAACCUUUGCAGAUGUGGAAUGUCUCAUGUUGGCUGUCAUGGCCUAUGAUCGUUAUGUUGCCAUUUGCAAUCCACUUCUUUAUACAAUCACUAUGUCCAGGAGGCUCUGCACCCAGCUAGUGGCUGUGGCCUACUUUGUAGGCUUGGUGGAUUCUGCAGUCCACACCUGCUCCACAUUCAGGUUGUCAUUCUGCAAUUCUAAUGUCAUCAAUCACUUUUUCUGUGACAUCCCACCCUUGCUAGUCCUCUCUAACUCAGACACAUUCAUCAAUGAGAUAGUGAUGUUCACAUUCAUUGGCUGUGUUGUGGGGUGCAGCAUUGUCACUGUCUUCCUCUCCUACAGCUACAUUAUAAUGACGAUCCUUAAAAUGAGCUCAGCUGAGGGCAGACUUAAAGCCUUCUCUACCUGCACCUCCCACUUGAUGGCUGUGGCUGUAUUUCACGGCACACUCCUGUUCAUGUAUUUCCGACCCAGUUCAAGUUACUCAAUGGAAACAGACAAAAUGGCUUCUGUUUUCUACACGGUUGUCAUACCUAUGUUAAAUCCACUGAUCUACAGCUUAAGGAAUAGGGAUGUGAAAGGUGCUCUGAAGAAAGCGAUAAGCACUAAAUUAUGUUCUGUAUGA